CCCGUCGUACACGCUGCUCUUCCUCUCCCUCCAGGAGCUCCAGUUCAUCAAGGUAACCCCGUGCAAGUGACCCCGGCCCAGCCCAUCGUGCCCUUCAAUGGCACCAUCCAGCUCAACUGUUCCACCACCUGCCCGGGUGCCCAGGUGCAGUGGAAGGGGCUGGACACCAGCCUGGGGAACGUCCUGACCCACCCUGGCCUCAGCAUCCUCACCAUCAGCUCAGCGACCAUCUCGAUGGCGGGCCUCAAGUUCUGUAACGUCAACUGCCAGGGAAAGGUCUACCAGGACAAACUGAACCUGUUGGUGUACUCCUUUCCCGACACCCUUAGGGUCUCCCCGCAGGAGCUGGUGCCUGGACGAUCGGCCAGAAUGGUCUGCUCCAUGAGUAAGGUGUCCCCCAUCCCGAUCUUCAGCUGGUAUCGGGGGGACCAGAAGCUGGAGGACCUGCCCCAGGUGCACCAGAAUGAGGAGCAGAUAGAGGAAGAGCUGUUUGAUGUCGAGUCUUCUUGGGAGGUGGCAGGAGAGAAGGUGACAGAAGGACCCCCGUUUCGUUGCCAGGUGGAGUUGAGAGUGAAUGAGGAAUUCUCUCUCCAAAAGGUCAUUUCCGUGGGGCUGCGGACAACUCCCCGGAGGCCGAGCAGCCCGGCGCCCACAGGGUCCGAGCCCCCCCCCAACCCUGCCCCCAGAUACAGCCAAAUCCCCGACUUCAGCACCAGUCUCCAGUCCUGGGUACUCCCGAACCACAGCUCCCCUCAAGUCCCAGGACCCCUCCAUGAAGCUGAGCCCCACCCAUAUGAACCCUUUGCUGGAGCUCCCUUCCUCCCUUUUCCCCUGGUCCCUGGUGAACCCCUGGAGCUGAUAUGCCAGGUGGCCUGCGGCCCAGAGUACGAGGUGACCUGGACCCAGACACCCGUGGACCUUCAGCGCUAUGAGCAGUGGAAGGGCGGGGCCCAAGCCAAGCUGCGGGUGCCGCAGGCCCAGCUGGUCCACCAGGGGCUGUACCAGUGUAGCCUGAUGACCAACAGCAACCAGGUCACCAACACCACCACGCUCUACUUCUCCAUGAAUCUACCCCCGGACCCUGAUAUGGGUGCCCUGCUAACCUUCUGGACGGGGGGUUCCCUGCUGGGCCUGAUCCUCGUAGCCUUCAUCUCCCACCGCCUCUGGAAGCGCUACCAGGCUCAGGGCUGA